AUGUCGUGGCAGCAGAUAAGAGACAGCAAGAAAAAACAGCUCGCUGAGGCGAUUCCGGCGGACUGGCGCGACCCGGCGCUCAAGCGCAGGAUGCUGGACGCGGGCUACUUGAGCACGAGAGCGUACCUGGACGCGGUCUUGCCCGAGGCAGAGACGCAGAUCACACGGCUCGGGCUGGCCGAGCUGGCGCGCAAAGUCGCCGCGGGCGAGCUCACGGCGGUCGGCGUCGAUCUGGCCGGCAAAGACUCGUCGAUCGGCUACUGCGCGCUGUUUGGCAGGCCGGCGGCCAAGAACGCCGUGCUGGCAGACUUCUUGCUCGCCCAGGGAGCCGUCUUCUACGUUAAGACGACCGUCCCGAUCGCCAUGAUGUGCACAGAGACAGAGUCGAACCUCAUGGGCUACACGUACAACGGGGUCAACGUGACCAUGUCGUCGGGCGGGAGCAGCGGCGGCGAGGGCGCGCUGAUCGGCGCGGGCGGCGCCGUGCUGGGCUUCGGCACAGACAUCGGUGGCAGCAUCCGCAUCCCGUCCGCGGCCCAGGGCCUGUACGCGCUCAAGCCGUCCACGGGCAGGGUCUCGUACAUGGGCGUGAGCAACUCGUACGCGUGGCAGGAGCUUGUUCCGUCCGCGAUCGGCCCGAUGGGCACAAGCCUGGAGGACGUCCACCAGGUGUUCCGGCUGAUUGUGGAGGCAGGGCUGUGGAACACAGACCCCAAGGUGCUGGCGAUUCCGUACAGGCCGUUUGACGGGGAGGUGCGGUUCGGGUUCUGGACGGACGACGGCGUCAGGACGCCGCAGAAAGCCAUCCUGCGGUGUCUGAGCGCCGUGGAGGAAAAACUGCACACGGCCAAAUACGAGACCAAAAAAAUAAAUUUCCACUUGCAACCAAAACUGCUCGACACCAUCGGCAAGGUUUUCGGCGCGGAUGCGUACCAGGAAAUCGCCACGACGCUCGCGCAGACGGGCGAGCCCGACAUCGAUAUGGUCAGAGACCUGGUUGUGAAGGAAGGAAUCGACAAGCCGCUCGAUGUGACGCAAUGGUGGCAGGUCAGCAGAGAGGUGUACGAGUGCAAGCAGGAGUUCUACGCGGCGUGGAAAAAUUGGGGCAUUGACGUGCUGGUGUGUCCGAUCUGGUGGACGGCCGGGUGCAAGCCGCACACGUCCUCGAUGCCGCGGUACACGGCGCCGUUCAACAUCGCCGACUGCGCGUGUGUGGUGGUGCCCGUGGGCAGCGUUGACUCUGCACGUGACGGCGACGCGGACUGGGACAAGAUGCCUGUGUGUGUGCAGAUCGUGGCCAGACGGUCGGAGGAGGAGAAGGCGCUGUAUGCGGCGGGCAUUGUGGACAGGUUGGUGAAUGGGUAG